AUGGCCUACGACUGCUACUGCGCCAUCUGCGGCGUCGGCUUUUGUGGAAUGCUCAUCGAGACUCCCUCAGAAACAGCAACUGAGCGUCGACGACGGUGGAUUGAAAAAAGAUCUCGGGCUCUUCAAGCGGGUCAGUCUAUCGACCAAGUUCCACAGGAAGGGGAAGAGCCCGUUCGCAGUUACGAUCCCAAGAUUGUCGGCUGGGAGAACGUAGCAUGGCUCUAUAAGGCAUAUUGUCUCGGAUACAACCCUCAAGCUGCCUCGGGAAAGGGAAACUAUGGCUCCGGGACUGACGAUACUCCCGGACCAGUCAUCCCCUUCCACGGAUGCUGCUUUGAGAUUCUGACUCGCGUUCUCACCGGCUCCACCGACAGCUCAACAAUCGAUAUGAAAGUCCUGUACAAUGUGAUGACAGAGUUGUCCAACGAAUCCUCCUCCGCUCUGCGACUGAACUAUGGCGACGACAUUCGGCGGGCGCAAGGCCGGUACUGGGAGUGCAUCCCCGGCGCAGAGGCAAGCAGCAACGAUCAAUACUGCACGAUUCAUCCAACCGAGACAUCUGGUUGGGACGACUUUCUCAAAACCGACAUGACCACCGAUAGCAAAUUCAAAAGGUCAUUCUUGCAAUUCGAUCUCAAGGGCCGCUCGCCCGCCAGCCCCUUCGGCAAGCUCCCCCUCGAACUCGUGUAUCAGAUCUGCUCAUACCUGCCCGGGGAUUCGCUGAAGGCAUUGACUCAGGCAUCCCUGAGCAUUCAGGUUGUCACUCAGGACAACUGGUUCUGGAAGCGAUUCAUCCAGUGGGAUAUGCCAUGGUUCUGGGAAUUUUACUCGUCGCAGAAUCCCAGGGAUUUGCCCGCCGACGUCAACUAUAAGCGUCUGUACAUGUGGCUCGACAAGAUGACCGCUGCUCGCUACGGCAUGGAUGACCUGGCCCUUAUUGGAGUGGCGAACCGCCGACGCAUCUGGGGUGUAUGUGAAGAACUGGCCAGUCAGUACCACAAGGCUGUGGCAGCAUCGUGA